GAUACCUGUGGCUAUGAACAUAAUCAGCACAUGUCCUGGUUGAUCAACGUUGAUUCCAAUAUGGUUGUUAAUCUAACAUUUCAUGAUUUUGACAUCGAGUAUCACCCAAGAUGUGAAUUUGACCACAUAAGACUUUGGGAUUUCUAUGGAAACCUUGGAUCAUUUUUGUGUGGUUCAAAGGCACCCUAUCCCAUUAAGUCUAGAGGGAAUUGGAUGCUCGUGCUGUUGAAUACUGAUGGGGAAAUAGCGAGACAAGGGUUUUAUGCAACAUUUGAGGCUAUUGACAAAGAUGAGAUAGUUUCGAUGACUACCGUUGCUCAAGCGAACACAGCUGCUACCUUUAUUACUGAAUGUAAAGGGGACUCCGACUCUAUAUAUUUGAAUGGAAGUUCUGGUGACUUUUCAUCCCCA